AUGGGCUGGCAAUGUACCUUUCUAGCACAAGAUGGCGCAUCUUUGGAUGACGUGGCCAUGAAACAGGUGGGGUAUAUCCCAGACUCGGCGACGCAUGUUAUACUUUCUGUAUCUGGGAAUGACCUCUUGCGGCUGCUCAAUGAGCUCUCCGCUGCCUCCUUCGCGCCGACAGCACUGUACACGGCAGUCACUGCUGGGAUGGACGAGAUCGGCCAAAAGAUGAAACGGACAUUGGAAUCGGUGGCGUCAAUCGGCUGCCACCUAGCGUGCUGCACGAUCUACACGCCCCAGUUCGAUCAAGACGCUCAGAGAGGCAUUUGGAAUGUAGAGAAUCUGAACUAUCGUUCAACUUUGCACUGGUCCCUUUAG